UCAAGUUGAUUACUUGAUCGGCUGCUGCCCUAAAGAAGCAUAGGUGCAGCUGGCUGGGUGGAUUGGGGAAGUUGAUUUGAACAUUAAGGACAGCCAUGGUUAUGGCGCAACAGAAUCCAAAUUUAGCAAGGUCCCGCUACAAUGCGGCCUUCCAGUCCUCCAUCUUUGAGCCGCCCUCCGAACAGUUGCAGAGCACUUUUGUGCCUGCAGGCAAGCGGAGGGAUCAGACGACAGCAGAGAUUUUCGGCAAUUACGACGAGAAGGACUUGCGCGCAAUGCCCAAGACCUUUGUUCCCAAGGAGGACAACAUGUCAGCGCGACAAAGGAAAUAUCACUUUCUUUGCUCAGAAGUCUUGCCAGCCAGCAACUACCCUUUGCCAGUCCCGGAGGCAGGCGAAGAGCGCAGAGCAUCUGGCUAUCCUGAGGUGCAGGAUGAGGAUGAGGACCCACGCAUUGAUACGGCGCUGGUCCGACAGAUGCAGCUCUCCUCGAACAUGUUUGGUCGUGCUGCGGAGGUGAAGCCUGAGGUGGUUCAUGAUCCCUCAAACCGGCUUAUGCCCAAUGAUUUUGUGUGGCACAGCCAUCCCGAGAAGCCUUUGUCACCGCGUAUGG